AAAGAAGUUCUGGAUGCCCCAUGACGUAUUUGGGGAGAGUGGUUCAGGACUACAUUUCCCAAUACGCUCCGAGACGGGCAGGACCCGGAAGAGGCUUGAGAGGCCUCUCUGGAAGUCGUCCCGGGUGUUCGCCGCUGGAGCUCCGGGUCCAGAGGACGAGGUGCCGCUGCCGGGACGAUCGUCCACUGCCGCCGGCUCCCGGAGCCCAGCCCUUUCCUAACCCAACCCAACCCUGCCCAGUCCCAGCCGCGGACCCCAGCGUUACCAUGAAUCCUGCCGUCUUCCUAUCAUUACCCGACCUUAGAUGCUCCCUGCUGCUCCUGGUAACUUGGGUUUUUACUCCUGUAACAACUGAAAUAACAAGUCUUGAUACAGAAAAUAUAGAUGACAUUUUAAACAAUGCUGAUGUUGCUUUAGUAAAUUUUUAUGCUGACUGGUGUCGUUUCAGCCAAAUGUUGCAUCCGAUUUUUGAGGAAGCUUCUAAUGUCAUUAAGGAAGAAUAUCCCAAUGAAAACCAAGUAGUGUUUGCCAGAGUUGAUUGUGAUCAGCACUCUGAUAUAGCCCAGAGAUACAGGAUAAGCAAAUACCCCACCCUCAAAUUAUUUCGUAACGGGAUGAUGAUGAAGAGAGAAUACAGGGGUCAGCGAUCCGUGAAAGCGCUUGCAGAUUACAUCAGGCAGCAGAAAAGCGACCCCGUGCAAGAACUUCAUGACUUAACAGAAAUCACCACUCUUGAUCGCAGCAAAAGAAAUAUCAUUGGAUAUUUUGAGCAAAAGGAUUCAGAAAACUACAGAGUUUUUGAAAGAGUAGCAAAUAUUUUGCACGAUGAUUGUGCCUUUCUUUCUGCAUUUGGAGCUGUUUCAAAGCCAGAAAGGUAUAGUGGAGACAACAUAAUCUACAAACCACCAGGGCAGUCUGCUCCAGAUAUGGUAUACUUGGGAUCUAUGACAAAUUUUGAUGGCACUUACAACUGGAUUCAAGAUAAAUGCGUUCCUCUUGUUCGAGAAAUAACGUUUGAAAAUGGAGAGGAAUUGACAGAAGAAGGACUGCCUUUUCUCAUACUCUUCCACAUGAAAGAAGAUACGGAAAGUUUAGAAAUAUUCCAGAAUGAAGUAGCCCGACAAUUAAUAAGUGAAAAAGGUACAAUAAACUUUUUACAUGCCGACUGUGACAAAUUUAGACAUCCUCUUCUGCACAUACAGAAAACUCCAGCCGACUGCCCUGUCAUAGCUAUUGACAGCUUUAGGCAUAUGUAUGUGUUUGGAGACUUCAGGGAUGUAUUAAUUCCUGGGAAACUCAAGCAGUUUGUAUUUGACUUACAUUCUGGAAAAUUGCACAGAGAAUUUCAUCAUGGUCCAGACCCAACCGAUGUAGCCCCAGGACAGCAAGUCCAAGAUGUAGCAAGCAGUCCACCUGAGAGCUCCUUCCAGAAAUUAGCACCCAGCGAAUAUAGGUACACUUUAUUGAGGGAUCGAGAUGAGCUUUAAAAACUUGAAAAACGAUUCGCAAGCCUUUCAAACAGCGGCAUCAACUUACAUGGUGGAAAUAGUAAACCUAUAUUUUCAUAAUUCUAUGUGUAUUUUUAUUUUGAAUAAACUGAAAGAAGUUUUGGGUUUUUAAUUUUUUUUCCCUCCCCCUGACUCAAAAUGCAUUGUCAUUUAAUAUAGCCUCUUUUUAAAAAUCUGUUAGGGAUAAAAAAAAAAAUAAAAAUAAAAAUCAGAGGCCUAUCUUUGCUUUAAAUCUGUCCUGUAAAAUUUUUAUAAAUCAAGUGAAAGGUGACAUUGCCAGAAACAGACCAUGCACUCGCACUGCUAGGUUAGGAAGGACGGAGGGAUGUUUCCUGUGUGGUAUGUGCUUUUCUUCACAUAUGAUCAGUUCUGUUGGUAUUUUCAUUAUCACAUUCCUCAAAGCUAAGAGGGUCUAUAUUCUGGAUAUGGGGAGGGGAAUAAAUUAAAAUUUUCACACUG